AUGAACCACAGCCCUCACAUCUCCCAAACACUUCCAAGCUCUCCAGACUUCAAAGACCCAACCACAACAAUACCUUCCACAAGCACUUGUAUCAAUGAUCAUGUUUCAUCGUCUGUCAAUGAUCAUUUCGAAUGCCACUCACUUCCAACAUCACCAACAGCACAUUAUGCCCUACAUCAUUCAUUGCGAAAUACAAUACAACACCUUCCUUCUCAGAUCUUCCUUCAACCACAACCACCUCUUCAAAUUUGGAUGAACUACCUCGUGGAGAAUGAAAAGGAAAAACAACUAUUGAGAAAUGAAAUUAUUGAUCUUCGGAGACAAAAGGAGGUGUUGUAUGGAAAUGAUUUGAAAAGUUUUUUGAAAAAAAGUUUUCAAGAAUUGACACAACAAUUACGUCAACAAUUCAAUGAAGAAAAGAAUCAGCACUCUUCCGAACAGUUUGUUCGAGUGAAUGAAUUGCUUGAGUGGUGUCACCAUCAUCCACUCAACCCAUCGAAGGAUCAUCAUCAAGAAUGGGAAAAGUUUUCUCAAGAAUUGUUGCAAAUGGUCAAACAGCAUGAAAGGAACGUCACCAAUGUAUUGGAAAGCUCCUUGCAAAUACAAAAGCAGGAAACUCGACAUGCAUGUGAACAUUUCGAAAAAGAAAUGAAUUCCAUUGGACAGAAAUUAAAUUCAAAUAUUGAGAGGUUCAACACUUUGAAUAUGGAACUUUUACAACAAGUUCAAUGCAAUCAACAGCAACAACAACAAGAACAACAAUGGAUGAACCUCUUUGCAGAGAUGAUGAAAAGUAAAGAUCAAGAGAUUGCAUUAAGAGAUGAGCUCGUGAAGGAACUCAAAGAUCGACACAGUCAAGAUCAAGAAUUAUGGAAAUUACAACAUGAAAAUCUUCAUCAAUAUGCUCAAGAACUCGAAUGUAUCGUCGAACAGUUAAAGGAAGAAUUACAACAACAAGAUGCAUCCAUACAAUCACUGAAAGAUUCGUUUCAAGAAAUUGAACUUGAAAAUUCUACUCUCAAAGAAAAUUUUGAGAAUCAAGUGGAAGAAAUAACGCAACAUUAUGAAUUAGAAUUGAAAGAGUUUGAAUUAAAUGCUUCUUUAGAGAAGAGACAAUUGCAAGAUCAAUAUUUUGAAAAUUCAUUGUCACUUAAAAGUUUUAUUGGUCAACAAGAGGUUGAAAUUGCAACAUUGAGAAAAGAAGUUUCUCUUCGAACGAGAGAAAACAACUCUCUGUCACAACAUUGCAAGGCCAUUGAAAUGAGAAUGCAAACACAAAUCAUGCAAUUGGAAACAGAAUUGUUGGAACUAGAAAAAAAGAAUGAAACCAUACAACAAGAAUAUGACCAAGAAUUGGACACAAUCAAACAAUCCAUUCAAAGCAGUUAUUCCAAUCAAAUAGAGGAACUACAGAAUGAAGAUUCACAAAAGGAUUCAAAAAUCGAUCAAUUAGAACUCGAAAUUCAACAAUUAAGGGAAUUCGAGAAAGAACUUCAACAGGACAAGAAACAUUUCACACAAGAAUUGAAUCUCAUGAAACAAUUAUAUGAAGAUCAGAUGAGAGAAUUAGAAUUUUACAAAAGAGCUCAAUUAAGUCAAUUCAUUCACCAGAGAGCUGACCCUCAGAAGAAUGAUGAAGUGGAGCAGAAUGGAGAACAUGUUGGAUGCAUCUCCAUCACUUCUUACACUCCCUCGCAUUCGUUCUGUCACUUAUCAUCCACCAGAACACCUAGAAAAAGUCCUAAUUCAACACCAAACCAUUCACCAUCUAAUCGCAACACCAAACUCAAAUUUCUCGCUCCCUCAAGAAAUGGAAUAUUCAUGUAA